AUGGAGACUGCCAUCGACUCCAGGUCUCAGCCAACCUCCCCAACAUUGAUCGCACCAUGUCGCAGCCUCAUCACACUCUCAGUGCUGAACCGGCCAAGUACACCUUUGGCUACCUGUGUUUUUGGAGCAACAAACUCGCCUCAAUUCAAGAAAAAGCUCCGAGACUCGUGGAAAGACCUUCUCGGACCUGUCGAGCGGACGUUUCUCAACGACAGUGCGGCGACAUCUGCCCUCAAAGAAGAGCUGCAUUCCCCAAAAGCAGGCGUAUUCGUCAGCUUCUCGACCGAUCCAGCACAAAAGAAACGCUGGGAACUAUCUGCCAACGCCCGCGUCAUCACACCCAACGGACCGGGUCCGCCAGGGGCAGUGGAGGCGGACCUGCGGAGUCUAUCGCGAGAUUUCGGAGCCUGCAUUGCCAUCCCUCUCCUUUUUGGACAGGACUUCUUAGAUCGCUGUCCCCGGCUUCUGGACGAUUUCUGGAAAUUCGACAACGAUCUGUUUCCAUUGAUGAUGAUUGGCGUUGCAUCCUCGACUCCCUUGAAAUGCAUAAAGGAUGGCGUGGCUGCGAGGUCGCGUCUGCUUCAAGAGAUGGAAACAUUGUACCGACGCGUGGACCACUAUCAUGGUGGGGCCAAGCAAUUGACUACGGGCCUGACAUGA